CGAGCCCCUUCCCGAGAAAAAGGUGCUGCGGAGCAAAAAGAGCCCCCCCGCUCCGGGAAAGGCGCCGGGGAGCAGAAAAGGUACAGCGGUGCCGGUCGAGUGCCCCACAUGUCAUAAAACCUUCCUCAGCAAAUAUUACCUUAAAGUGCACAACAGGAAACACACUGGAGAGAAGCCAUUUGAGUGUUCCAAGUGUGGCAAAUGUUACUUUAGAAAAGAGAAUCUCCUGGAACACGAAGCCAGGAACUGCAUGAACCGAUCGGAACAGGUAUUCACGUGCUCGGCCUGCCCAGAGGUGUUCAAGCGGCGGAUGGAGCUGCGGCUGCAUAUGGUGUCACACACCGGGGAGAUGCCAUACAAGUGCUCCUCCUGCUCCCAGCAGUUCAUGCAGAAGAAGGACCUGCAGAGCCACAUGAUAAAGCUGCAUGGUGCACCCAAGCCCCACGCGUGCUCAACCUGCUCCAAGUGCUUUCUGUCCCGGACAGAGCUGCGCCUGCACGAGGCCUUCAAGCACCGUGGAGAGAAGCUGUUUGUGUGUGAGGAGUGUGGGCACAGGGCCUCGAGCCGGAAUGGCCUCCAGAUGCACAUCAAGGCCAAGCACAGGAACGAGCGGCCCUACGUGUGUGAGUUCUGCCACCAUGCCUUCACACAGAAAGCCAACCUCAACAUGCACCUGCGCACGCACACUGGCGAGAAGCCCUUCCAGUGCCAUCUCUGCGGCAAGACCUUCCGGACACAAGCGAGUCUGGACAAGCACAACCGGACGCACACCGGGGAGCGGCCGUUCAGCUGUGAGUUUUGCGAGCAGCGUUUCACGGAGAAGGGGCCGCUGCUGAGGCAUGUUGCCAGCCGGCACCAGGAGGGGCGGCCUCACUUCUGCCACAUCUGCGGGAAGACAUUCAAAGCGGUAGAACAGCUGCGUGUCCAUGUUCGCCGGCACAAGGGAGUGAGGAAGUUUGAGUGCAUUGAGUGUGGCUACAAAUUCACACGGCAGGCUCAUUUGAGGCGCCACAUGGAGAUCCACGACCGAGUGGAGAACUACAACCCUCGACAGAGGAAGCUGCGGAACCUGAUCAUCGAUGACGAGAAGGAUGUGAUGGUGGUGCUGCAGCCGCCGCCAGAGCUGGAGGUGGGCUCAGCCGAGGUGAUCGUGGAGUCGCUUGCCCGUGGGCCACUGCCUGAGGAGGUCCCUGCGCAGAAACUCUGCUCAAAUGAGAACUUGUCACCUGCAGACGUGAUUGAGCAGUCGCUGAUUAUAACCACAACGAUUCCUGAAGACUGUGAGACAUAGUGUGGCCACCCCAUCCCUUCCACUGAAACACAGUAAAGCAUUAAGCUGAACCACUUUCUGCCACACUUGUUCUGUUGAGCUCCGUACCCUCCUUUUCUGCCAAUCUCCCAUCCCAGGCUGCAGGGAAAGGAAGUCACCAUGACGUUCUGAUUGAGUGUCAAAUGAAAUGUGUCAGCAUGGUCACUCCAGUCAGUGUUCAUUCACAGACAGUGUGUGGUGGGAAGGGACUGACCUCCCUGUGCCAUAUUGUGACUCACUUUCUGACGCUGGAGGAGCUGGUGCUGCCCUCUCCUCUCCACCAGCCCUCUCACUUUGCCUGUGAUUAAAGCUCACCUUCCCCCACA